UCUCUUUUUCUCUCCCCUUCUAUAUAAAUCUCACCACCAUUACAAAAUCUUGAUCACACACACAACACCUAAACACACACUCAUCACGUGUGAUCAAAAGGUUUUUUAGUAUAUAUACAUAUGUGGUUUCUUUUCAUGCAUCUCUCUUGCAUACAUCAACAAUGAUUCAAGAUUGUGAGGAUUCUUCAAAGAAGAGGAAACGUGAUGGAUCAUUACAACAAGAAGAUUUCUUGUAUCACCCAGCUUCCACAAACCUCAAUCACACAAAAAGAUUGGUACUUGACACCGAGCUUCAUCUUGAUACCCCCAUGCCUUUCGAGUGGCAACGAUGCCUCGAUAUUAAGUCUGGCCAAAUACACUAUUAUAACACAAGAACUCAUAAAAAGACCUCAAUGGAUCCCAGAAGUAGCCCAGAGGCAGAACCACCCAAGAACAUGAGUCUUGAUCUUGAGCUCAACCUACCAUGUGGAUCAUCUGAUACAACAAAGAAACAUCAUGUUGCUGACAACUUCUCCAAGUACAAGACUUCAAGCGAAACAACGAACAGGAACGGUGGUGGUGGUGGUGGUGGUAGAGUGCCGUCAUGGUUGGCGUUGGAAGGAGGAGAUCAACAACAAGAGAUGAUGGCAGCAGUGUGUAAGAAGUGUCAUAUGUUGGUGAUGAUGAUCAAGAUCUCACCUUCAUGCCCAAAUUGUAAAUUCAUGCACCCUCCCAAUCAAACCCCUCCAAGUCUCUUUAACAGAGAAUUAAGCCUCUUGUGUUGAUUAACUAAGGUUUGAUUAUUAAGUGCUUAAUUUAGUUAUUUAAGCUAUAUAUGUUAGUUUGGGUGUGUAAAAUUUAACUACUAUAAAAGGUUAGGUUCUGUCUUGUAAGUGGUGGAUAUGAUGAAGUCAACAAAUAUGGACUUACCGAAUUAGUUUAA